CGUCAGCGUCCGCACGUAAACACAGCAACAGGAAGCAGCUUUGUGAAAAUGACUUCUCUCAGAUUGUAUGGGAGGGUGACAACUCAUUAACGUGCAACCGUGAUCAGCCAGUAGUAAAGAGGCGGUGCGAUGACGGAGUGCUUCCUGCCACCCAAUAGCAGCCCUGCAGAGCAGCGGCGAGGGGCAGAGCAUCAGAGCGGUGUGGCCCGGACCCCCAGUUCAGAAGAAAUCAGCCCCACUAAAUUCCCAGGACUGUACCGUACUGGUGAACCGUCACCUCCGCAUGACGGACACCACCAUGAGCCCCCCGACGCUGCCUCUGAUGAUGAUAAGGAGCACAGCAAGAAGAAGAACAAGUUUAAGAAAAAGGAGAAACGCACUGAGGGCUACGCUGCCUUUCAGGAGGAUAGCUCGGCUGACGAGGCCGAGAGCCCAUCCAAGAUGAAGCGCUCUAAAGGCAUCCACGUGUUCAAAAAGCCCAGCUUCUCUAAGAAGAAAGAGAAGGACUUUAAAGUGAAGGAGAAGGGCCCUAAAGAGGAGAAGGCCAAGGACAAGAAGUCUAAAGACUUGACUGCAGCUGAUGUCGUCAAACAGUGGAAGGAGAAGAAGAAGAAGAAGAAGCCAAGCACUGCGGAACCCGAGCCCGUCACAGUGGAGACUCCGGCUACAGUCAGACCAAUUUUCGGCGCGCCGUUGGGUGAAGCAGUGAGGAGGACAGCGCUGUAUGACGGAAUCCAGCUCCCUGCCGUUUUUCGCGAGUGCAUUGACUACAUUGAGAGCUAUGGCAUGAAGUGCGAAGGCAUCUACCGCGUCUCAGGAAUGAAGUCGAAAGUGGAUGAGCUGAAGGCAGCGUACGACCGGGAAGAGUGCCCAUGCCUGGAGGAGUACGAGCCACACACUGUGGCCAGCCUAAUGAAGCAGUACCUGCGCGAGUUACCCGACAACCUCCUGGGAAGAGAUCUGGCUUCACGAUUCGAGGACGCGUGCGGUCGCUCCAGCGAGGCAGAGAAGCUGCACGAGUUCCAGCGGCUGCUGACUGAAGUUCCUGACGGAAGCAGGCUGCUCUUGUCAUGGCUCAUCACUCAUAUGGACCACGUGAUCGCUCAUGAGAUGGACACCAAGAUGAACAUCCAAAACAUCUCCAUUGUGCUCAAUCCCACGGUGCAGAUAGGAAACCGUGUGCUGUAUGUCUUCUUUACCCAUGUGCGUGAGCUUUUCGGUGAUGUGGCUCUAAAACCAGUGGUGCAUCCUCUGCGGUGGUCCAAUGUAGCCACCAUGCCAGCCUUGCCCGAUACCCAGGAGAGUAUUAAAGAGGAGAUCCGAAGACAGGAGUUCCUGCUGAAUCGCCUCCACAGAGACUUGCAAGCUGGAAUAAAGGACCUGUCCAAAGAGGAGCGCCUGUGGGAGGUGCAGCGUAUCCUAACUGCUCUCAAACGCAAACUACGUGAGGCCAAGAGACAAGAAUGUGAGAGUAAGAUAGCACAAGAGAUUGCUAGCCUGUCUAAAGAAGACGUGUCCAAAGAGGAGAUGUCUGAGAAUGAAGAAGAGGUCCUAAACAUUCUCCUGGCUCAGGAGAACGAGAUCCUCACUGAGCAGGAGGAGCUAAUCGCUUUAGAGCAGGUCCUGCGCAGACAGAUCGCCACAGAGAAGGAAGAGAUCGAACGACUGCGGGCUGAGAUUGCUGACAUCCAGAGCCGGCAGCAGGGGCGAAGUGAGACAGAGGAGUACUCAUCAGACAGUGAGAGUGAGAGCGAGGACGAGGAGGAGCUGCAGAUUAUUCUCGAAGACCUACAGAAGCAGAAUGAAGAGCUAGAGAACAAGAACACUCAUCUGAACCAGGCCAUCCAUGAGGAACAAGAGGCUAUUUUGGAGCUCCGUGUUCAGCUCCGCCUCCUUCAGAGCCAAAAGCUGCAGCAAGAUCACACAGCUCCUCCCACAGCAGAGCAGGCCCCGCCCACACAGCCCAGCCCAGAGGAGCGAUCCAGAGCCGACGAGCCGAUCAAACGCACCGCACCGGUAUCCGUAACAGCCCCCGGCGAUACUAAUGCUGCUGCUUCUACAGCUCCAGCCAAUGGCAAGCCGGGAAAAGACACUUUAAAAGCUUCACCAAGUAAAACAUACGCAGUUAAUCAAAAUCCAUAAAUAUAGAUGGAACACGUGAUCGUCAUCUGUUGUGUUGUGGCCAGUCAGCCUGUGCACUCACUCACAGUAUAUUUAUUUAACAUAAAUUUGAUUAGGAUUAUUUUUUUCUGUUCCCCCCCAAAAAACACAGAUUUCUAUUAUUUUUUAAAUCAUUCUGGGAAAGUAUUUAUAUGAAUGAGCUACUUGCAAGAAAAUGUUUUCAAUUUAUUUCUUAAAGGGGAUGACAAAAUAUUGGUCUCUUCAUUUCUCUUCAUGUUUGUUUUUAAGGGGUCCACGCCCAGGAUUAAGAUAUAUUAUUUCCAAAUAAGUGUUUGCCCGUAUGUGUGUGCAUGUAUGUGUAUGUAAGAGAGAGAGAGAGAAACCACUGUGCCAUAGGUGAAUAACUGUAACAAAGCCGAAGUUUUACACUAAAGAAAUAAAAUGGAUCCGACAAAGAAGUUCAGAUCAGAUGCUCUUAUUUUAUGAAUUUUCGUUAUUUAAAUAUCUGUUCGUUUGAUUAUAUAUCUAUCAUAUGUGUUCUUUCUAAACUGAAAUAAAGUGCAAAUGUACAGUGCAUAAACAUCUGGUUAUAAUUAGCUGAUGGUCACAUUUUCAACAUGUUUGGGUUUAAAAAGUUUCAUAUUAUGUUUGCAAAGUCUUUUUACACUUUAUCUAUCAUUCAUCAUGCAAUUAUCUAAUAGCUCCUUAAGGGUGUGUGUUUUUUUAAUUUUAUUAUUAUUAUUAAUUAUUGUUACAAAUAAGUUGUCUUUCUAAUUGAUUAUUUGUGGCUGCUUUGGGGAAGUAAAUAUAUAAUGUGUUCCACCGGAACGUAGAGAAUGUUGUCCAAAUGACACUUAACUAUAUAUAACCAGUUUCCUCUUUUAAUUUCUUCGUUUCUUUUUUUAUGCUCGUGUUAUCAAAACUAGGAGAUUAUUCUGUUAUAUCUUCUUACCACUGAAACUGUUUGUCAUGCUCUGAAUGUGGCUUUUAGUAGCGCCUUGUCCUUGUUAACAGACAGAUGCUGAAAAAUAAAAUAAAAAUAUUAUGUCUGG